GUUCGGAUGGUUUGAACAGUAGUCGGUCGUGGUUGUUGGUCAGCAAUGAGGGCGGAGGUUCGCGUAGGAACUCCCAAAAAGUGAGUGAAUAUGAUGAAGAAUGACUCUGAACGCCUGAGGCCGGGCUUGGUCGUACUUUUAGGUCAGAUUAUUGGAGUCAUAUUUCAUCUUGCUGAAGGGUGGCCACAGCGCAGCGCAGCAGGGGCUUGGACCGGUGAGAUGUUUAGCGAGAAACGGCUGACCUCACACAGCCACACUGUGGGUGAUCAGAUACGCAAUGCGAUGCGAUAUCUGGAGGAAGCAGAGAAUGCAUCACAACUAAACCAGACAUUAUCUUCUAGGACAAAGUCCAAGUUGAGAGAGUGUAUCGAGAAAUUUAUUCAGAUUCAAAAUGCACACAUCGUGUUCACGACUUCGAAGUUUCAGCGUUCCAAAGUUGUCGAAGGCACCGCCCGCGCUAUACCAGAAAGGUCGGACUCCGCCCUUUCUUUUAAGCCUAUGACACGACAGGGUCGUGAAGAUCAUUUCGUGUAUCAUUUCGUAACUUCAUACCACUGUUAACCCACCUUUGCAGUCAAAAGCAUUCUUGCUGGGGUUCGACGCCAAAGUCAUCUAUGCAUAACAUCGCUCGAUGCGAUGGAGGACCGAGACAAUAUGAUACCCUAACGCCAAAAAACACAAACAACGUCCUCUAAGCGUCACUCUUGACAACAGCCUCGGUGCCACUGAUUUGAACUGGCUCAGACUGCGUCUCUUCGACUGUUUUCAGAGAUUUGGCUGGUGCAGGGUUGAGAAUUCUUGCGGCGUCAAUGAGACCCGCAUUUGGGUUGAGCACGAGUCCAAAGCCCGGCAGGUCCAGUUGCGACACGUCGAGGUAGCCCUUGGUGGGGAUGGGUUCGUUUAUAAACAGGUUGCCAAAGAC